AUGAAGUUCACUGGAAUCGUUGCCGCUCUCGCCGCUGCUGGCGCUGCCACUGCUGCUGCCAUUCCCCGUGACCAGCAGCUUGCUCCUGCCACCAUCCAGGGUGCCCUGGACCAGAUCAACUCCAUCCUGGGUGGUCUUGACGGUGUUGUCGGGGACACUGUCAACACCGCGUCCGGCCCUCUCGACGUUGCUGGCCUCAAGAAUGAGCUGAACGGUCUCAAGGCUCAGCUGACCAGCCUCGCUGGCGGUGCCACCGGUGCCGUUACCAAGCGGGACCUUGUUGGCGGUGCUGUUAGCACUGUUGGCGGUGUCGUUGGCACUGCUACCGGCACCGUUGACCAGGUUGCUGGUCCGGUUACCACCCCGGUUAAGGAUGUUGUCGGUGGUGCUGUCACCACUGUUGACAGCACUGCCAGCAACGUUGCUGGCUCUGCCCUGGGCGUUGUCGGAGGCGCUACUGGUGAUGUCCUGCCCCGUGACGUUGACGUCUCCGUCCUGCUGCCUCUUGCUCAGCAGGUCGUUUCUGACGUCCAGGGCAACGUCGCCCCCGAGACCAUCGUCAACGACGUCAACGCCCUCACUCGCCAGACCUCCCUGACCAUCUCUGUCCCCCUGAACCUGGGCGCCAUUCCCGUCCUUGGCAACGUCGCCAACUAG